ACACUGCAGGGAAGCUGAAUGGUCUUCUCCAUCAUUAUCUGGAAGAGUAUGUGUGUUCAGGUAACAGCACUUGCAUUACAUUACCUUCUACGGAAACAUCAAUCUGCCAUGUGUUGUAUCACGUGAAAUGGUAUGAAUAUAAGAUGAACACCCAAGCACACUGCAUCCACCCUGUGUUACCCGGGUGACAGUUUCUGUUGGUGGGCUGUCACCUGGCAACUGUCCUCCAAACAAAAGGCUGGUGGACAGCAGACUAAUUUCUGCAGGCGGGAUUCAGGAUGAGCCUAGCGGGCUGUUGCCUUGAUAAAAAGUGGGUCGUGCUCAGGGAAGACCCAGCGGGUGACCGCUCUGCUUCUCAAGACGCCGAUGUGAGCCCUGAAACGUCAUUACUGUGCACCUUCAGGAAGGACACACACGCUGACAAAGUUUACCUGGCGGGGAGAGAGUAUUUUGGGGAGGAUGGGCAGACAUUUAGUCUGCGUCUUGUUGAGAAAAUAAAGCAGCAGUUAAAGAGCGAUCCCACCUUGCGUCCAGACACUCAAUGUCCCUCUGUUCAGGCAGAGUUCUGCAGGAGAGCCACAGAGGCUGCUUUGGGCAACAACUCCAAGGCUCUUUUGGAGAACAGGGUGUUAAGUGUGCAUGCGCCUUCCUUCUCUGGUGCUGUUCGCCUUGGCGCUGAGCUUUUGAGAUACUGGUUUGAUGUGAGCAGUGCUUGGGACGGACCAGUCUACCUGUCUUCUCCCUGCGAUGACUCACUGGCUGCUACCUUCCGGGCCGCAGGUUUCCACGACAUCCGUCACUAUUAUUACUGGGAUGAUGAGCAGCGGGAUGUUUGUUUGAAGAAGCUUUUCGUGGAUUUACAGGAGGCUCCAGAGCGAAGUGUUAUUCUUUUGCCGGCUUGUGGACACUACCCCACCGGGGCAGCCCUCUCUCACAAUCAAUGGGUCAUGAUUGCACAGCUCAUCUUGAGGCGUGGGCUGCGCCCCUUCCUCUUGCUGCCAACACCGGCAUUUUGCUGUGGAGAUUUAGACCAUGACGCAUGGCCUGUGUGGUACUUUGCAUCACAGGGCAUGGAGCUGCUGUGUGCUCAGUCAUUCUCGCACUGCUUCGGACUCUACGGUGAAGCUGUCAGCCACCUAUUGUGUGUAUUGAAGCACAAUUCUGUCCUCUCUUCUCUUCGUUCGCAAGCUGACAAAUUGUCACAGUCUCUGUGGGCCCAGCUGUCCGUAGGUGGAGCACGUGUGGUUUCCACCCUACUCAGUAACCCUGCUCAUCUUGUGGAAUGGCAAGGAGAAGUGAAGCGCAUUGUGGAAAGAUGCUUGCUGAUCAGACAACUUUUGAGAGAAAAACUCCGACUUCUGGGCUCUCCAGGUUGGGACCAUGUGACCCAACAAAGUGGACUUUACUGUUGCUUGGGCCUGAAUGCCCAACAGGUGGAUUUUCUGUCAAACAGGAGACAUGUUUACGUGCUCCCUCAUGGCUGCAUAAAUGUGAGCACAAUCAACAGCCAUAACUUGGAUUACAUUGCAGAGUCCGUCCACGCAGCGACCACUUCACUCUGA